AUGUCUCAUCCUCAUAAAGAGGAUAUCCGUGGACAGCUUUCGGAUAUCCAGAAGAAAUUAUUUGGAAGUUCCAAGGACAAAUCAUCUACUCCACUCCAACUGCCCGAUGCGACCCAGCGUGCUAGACAACCUCCAGGGCUGCUGGGAAGCAGUUCUUCCGUGCCCAAGUUAAGACAGAAGCCUUCCAACUCUCUGUUGGGAAGAUUGAGCAAUUCUACAAGGCAGAACACUCUUGUUCCACAACCACCGCCAGCUUUGGGCCCGGAAUCGAAGGGUCAUGACAUGAACUUUGUUGUGGGGUUGAGUGAAAACUUGCUUACGGAAUGUCGUCGAUUAACUGCUGAGAACAAUAAGUAUAAGACAAAGUUGAAGUCUGCUGCCGAGGAGCUCGACAAGUACAAGAAUCAAGUUGUUUCUUUGACGAAUUCUCGUUCGUUUGCAGCUAGCAACGAGGAACAGUUGAAGGACAAGAAUUGGGAGCUUGAGGCAAAGAACACUGCAUUGAACGAGGAGGUUGAUCAACUACGCAUCACUAAUGACAAGCUUGUCAAAUCCACUAACGAAUCUACUUUACGAAUUGCAUCUAUCCAGAAGGAGAACGACGAGCUUCGACUCCAGCAUAAUACCCUCGAUACUGAUUUCCACAAGUCCAAGGAUUCCUAUGAAAAGGAGAUCAACGAACUCAACAUCCGGAUCGACUCCCUUAAUGACGAAAAUGACUCGCUUCACGCAAAGUUAUCUGAAAGAUCUGCCACGGCAUCCACUGAAGCUGGCUCCGAGCCCGAUAAGCCAACUGCAUCUUUCCAUGACGUGACUGCGCUGGAUGAACAAGAGCCAAUUGACUUGGACAGUAUUCUUACUGCAUCAGAAUCUCUUCCUAGAGAAGUGAACAUAGACUCUUCCAAUACUGAACUACGGUUAGAGACGCUAAAGGCAAACCUUGAUCAUUCUCAUCGGAUGGUGGCUAAGUUAAGAAGUGCUCUUCUCAAGACAAGAUUCGAGAACCAAAGCCAUCUGACGAGGGAUACUCCACGCAGCGGCAAGAAGACCAAACAGAAAGACUUUUUCCCUCCACCUUCCAACAGAUCCUCCACCUACUACUCCCCUGCUAAGCGUAAUUCGAAGUUUGUGGUAUUAGAUGACAACGAAGAUGAAGGUUGGCCUCAGGACGAGAAAUGGGAAGAUUUUAUUGACGAGUCGGGAUCUACAACUCCUUCGAAACCAGUACGCCAACCAUCUAAGUGGGAUGAUGAAAGCCCAAAGAAACAGACGGCCGAGCCAGUUCCGCCUCUUGACGAUUCUGAGUCAUCCGACUCCGACACAGAGACAGUUGCCCACGUUAAGCGAGGACUUCGCCUGGAGUUAUCUACCGCAGCUGAAGUGACGGACCUUCAAGUUCAAGAAUACGCGAAAGAGCACCAUUUGGUUUUGUUAUCUCAGGAUGACUAUUCGAAGUUGCAGUACAACGAUGUCAAUGAUAUAUCUGAGGAUAGGCUCAAGGGCGUUACCGAAUUGAGAGGGUUAGUGUGUUUAAGCAAGCUGGAAUAUGACGAUCUUCUCGACGAAAACGAAAUGAAAUCCAAGCUCCAACAAAGAGGAUUUGUGACCAUUCCGACAGAGGAGUAUCUGAAUGUUUCCGAGAAUGCCGCCCGUUACCAGAAGCCAGAAAUUGACUAUCUCACGGCUGAGAUCGAAAAGCAAGGUUUCCUGACGGUCGAGACGGAGUAUCUUGAGAUUCUUAAGAAGAACGAAGAAAUUAUUGUCAAUCCUUCGGAGGCCUACUUGCGUUCUAAAUGUAAAGCUAACCAGUUACAUCCACUCACCAACGACGAGUUCAAGCAACUUAAGAAGAUCGAAGCAGAUUUCCAGAGACCAGACAAAGAAUACCUCACCGAAAAGGCUAAUGAUCUCGGCUUAAUUCUCACAUCAUCGGCAUUCUAUGAUGAUCUCGUUUCUCGUGCGGAGGAGCCUUCCGAGAAACAAAUCAUUGAACAUGGAUCUAGAAGAAAUCUCCAUGUAUUGGACAAUGAUGCUUUUAUGGCUCUCCAGAACCCUCUGUUGCAGAAUUGGUUAACGAAGGCUGAACUGUUUGAUCACAGAACCUUACCUAAGGAGGAAUACGAUAGUCUUCACCGGUUGGCAAACGAUCCUAGCCUCGAAGAGUUGAAUGCUCACGCAAGACGUCACGACCACGCCGUUCUUUCCAAGUCUGAAGUCGAAAGGCUCAAAGAACUCUCUACUGCACCACCAUUGUCUCACCUUGAAGAAGUCGCCGCUGGUCUUGGUUUCAGCGUUCUUCUAAAGGAUGAGUUGGCAGAAAUGAAGAACAAACUCGAAUCACCUUCCAUUGAUUUCAUCAAGGAAAAAGCUACAGGUCACAAGGUGGUCGAAAACGAGAAGUUCAAAGCACUUCUUCAAAAGGCUCACGAGCCUUCUUUAGCUCAACUUCAGAACCAUGCGGAGAAGCAUGAUCUUGUUACCUUAGACAGGGAUGAAUACGCUGAACUUUACAAGACCUUCCACGAGCCUUCAAUGGACUUCAUCAAGAGAAAAGCAGGCGAAAGGGGUCAUCUGUUAGUAAAGUCUAGCGAGCUAGAGAAACUAUUGAGCCUUGAAGAGUCGCCUAGCCAUUCCUUCCUAACCUCUAAGGCGGAAAGUAGUGGCCAUACAUUAAUCAAGUCCACUGACUACGAAGAUCUCAAACUGUUGGCCGAGGACCCUCCAACCGAUCGUAUCCAGACUUUGUUACUAGGACGUGGCUUGUCAACCAUUGACUCCGAGAUGCUUGCCUCCUUAAGACGGCAGGUUGAUAACCCUUCUAUGGAUGAGUUAAUCUCCAGGGCAAGGUAUUUGGAUGCGACCGUUCUCACGAAUAACGCAUUUGAAGAACUUAAGGACGCUGCAGAACAUCCUUCUAUUGAAAAGUUCGGAGAACACGCCGAAGGUCACGGCUAUGCGAUCUUGCCUCAAGAAGAAUUGAAGGGCUUAAAAUCUCUGGCGGAGCAUCCUCCAAUGGAUGUAAUCGAGAGGGAAGCUGGUGACCAUGAGAUGCUGGUAAUAAAGUUGGCUGAUUUUGAAAAGUUGAAGCAAGAUUCUGAGAACCCCGACUUACUGCUUAUAGAACAGCACGCGAAACAACUUGGUUACUCCGUGCUUGCUGCAAAUGAACUUAAGGAUUUGCAGAGGCGUUCUUUAGAACCAAAUGUUGAUGAAUUGAGGGGCCAUGCUACAAACUUGGAUCAUGAGUUGCUUCCUAUCACCGAGGCCAAGGAAUUGAGAAGGUCUAUUGAAACACCCUCAUUGGAAUAUCUCAAGUCACACCUGAAGAAGUCAAAACAUGUCCUUAUUUCGGCCGCAGACCACGAAGCAUUGCUCGAAUCUUCACAGAAUCCUUCAAUCGAUAAAAUAUCGGAAAGAGCUAGUGCGCUAGACCAUGUCGUUCUUAAACUGUCUGAAAUGGAUAGAUUGACUCGUGACGCCACAGAGCCAUCAAUCGAUCUCAUUCGCAGACAUGCAGCUGAACAGUCGUUUGAAAUUGUACCAAAGAAUGAAUUAGCGGACUUGAAACGCAAGCUUGAGGAACCUGAUUUGGCAUACCUUAAAGAACAUAGCACCCGAUUGAAACAGAAGAUGUUGCCUGUCGAGGACUACGAAUUCCUUGAUAUGUCUGCAAAGAAGCCAUCGCUUGAAAUUAUGAACAAACAGGCCGCCAUUUUGGAAUUAGAGUUGAUACCAAGAAAGGAGUAUGCAACUUUGAAGAAGACUUCAGCAGAACCAGGUCAUGAUUUCCUUUCAUCUCAUGCACAGAAUCUUGGCCUUUUACUUGUUAGCGAGAGAGAGCAUAAAGAGCUCUUGAGGAAGACGUCGCAGCCCAGUCUCGAUGAACUUGAGUCGUUAGUAUCUCAGCAAGGCUUUUCAUUGGUGGCGACGGCUGAUUUGGAGGCCUCGAAAGAGCAAUUGAAUAAUCCAACUAUUUCGUACUUAAGGGAGAAGUGCAAUGAUGCCGGUUAUGAGGUGGUCGAGCAACAGGAGUUCAACAAUCCACCAUUAAGCCAUCUCGAACUGAAGGCAGCCCAGCGAGACAUGCUUCUUGUUUCAAAGCAGGAAAUGAAAGAUUUGAAGAUUCUUGCGCAUGAGCCAUCGCUCGAACAUCUUUCAACGCACGCAGAUAGACAGAAUCGCGUCGUUGUGUCGAAGGCUGACUAUGACAAGCUUGUUGACGAAGCGGAAAAUCCAACAUCAGAUAGCUUGAUAUCUAAGGCCCUGAUACUCAGCUUGGCUGCUAUACCAGUGGCAGAAUACAAGUCCUUGAAGAAGACGUCUGAGAGCCCCGACGUCGCAUGGGUUAGAUCUGCUGCAAAGAAGAAUGGUUAUGAAGUUGUAAAAUCUGACGAACUUUCUACGUUGAAGUCCCUUGCCAAUUCGCCGGAUGUGAAGCACUUGAGCUUAAUGGCCGCCAAGCAUGAGAGGAUAUUGGUUCCUGAACGCGAACUCAAGGACCUUAGGAGACGUGCUGAUGAGCCUUCCUUGGACGAAAUUAAAGCCAACGCGGACAGACUUGAUGGAAAAUAUAUUAGUCGGUCCGACUUUGACCGCCUUCAGGGCUUGGCUGAAACCCCUGAUUUGGAGCAUAUCAAGAAGCAUGCCUCCCUCCAAGACCAUGUCAUUCUUUCGAGGAAAGAGCACGAUGAAUUUACUUCCCCCAGUGUGGCACAACUCGAAGCUUUAGCGAAGCAGCAUGGUUCCAAGCUAGUAACCUUUGCUGAGUUUGAAAGAAUGAAAGAGUUAGCAGAUGAACCAUCAGUUCAGCACCUUUCGGAAAUGGCCGGUAAACUUGAUCAUCGCGUGGUUCCAAGCAGUGUCUAUGACAACCUCGAAAGUAAAGCGCUUAACCCUGAUCUUGACCAUAUUAAAGGAUGUGCAGCGAACCUUGAAUAUGCGGUUAUAAAGAAGCCGGAUUAUAAGCGUUUACUUGAGUUGGCAAGUAAGCCCGAUGAAGAGCAUGUUAAGAAACAGGCAGACCGCUUGCAAAUGGAGCUUAUAUCGAAGGAGUCUCUCACUUCCCUUGUACAGCAAGUCGAAUCCCCUGACGUUGAGGUCCUCAAGGAUAAGAUUUCAAGACAUGGCUUGGUUGCCGUUCCUACCCUGGAGUUUGAAAAGCAUCUUGAAGAUAAGGAGAAGCUCCGCAGUAUGAAGCUAGUGACGCACGAGGAACAUGAAAAACUUCUUUCUAUUUCUGAGAAACCAUCCAUAACUUUCUUGGAGGAGAAGUCUAAUCAUCAUAACAUGACACUCUUCGACAGGGAUGAGCUUAGUCGUUUGAAGGCUGUUGAGGAGGAACCUUCUGUUGAAUUUUUGGAGAAGCAUGCGGAGAAUUACGGCUUCAAGCUCGUGGACGAUAAAGAGUAUUACCACCUCAAGGAAACAUUCAACUCUCCGUCACUUGACUUUCUCAAGACAAAUGCUGAUACUCACGGACACCAUGUUGUGCCAAGGGAACACUUUGAUCAUAUGCAAAAGCUGUUAGACAAGCCAUCUAACCAGUACCUUACCGAAAAGUUGAAUGGCUUGGGUAUGUCGAUGGUGUCAACUGAAGAAUUUGAAGGGUUGCGUUCGAAAUUGGAAGACCCAGGAACCGAAUAUCUUUUCCAAAAGGCCGAACAAAAAUCUUUCAAGUUAUUAUCUGUGGACGAGUAUAAGAGGUUGAUAAACGCUCUAGAAACCCCGUCGCUUGAAUUCCUUGAACUGAAAUGCCAUGAACAGGGCCGCCUGCUCAUUGAAGUUGAUAAACUCGAAAGUUUGAAGAAAGAGAUCUCCAACCCGUCACUUGAGCAUUUGUCUGAAAAAGCUCGUGUUUAUCAACAUGUACUCGUACCCGAGGAUGACUUGUUAUCUAUGAAGGAGAAACUCAAGAACCCACUGCCGGAGGAACUUUCAGCAUUUGCUGCCAUUAGCGGCCAAGUUUUAGUCAUGAAGGAUGAAUACGAGGGACUCAAGGAGUACAAAGCAAGCGAUUUAGAGACUUUGGCUAAGACAAGAGGCUUCAGUCUCAUGGAAGAGGCCCAGCAUAAGAAACUUCUUGAAGACAAUAAGAAUCCGAGAACAGAGGCAUUGAGAAGUCAUGCAACAGCUAGAGGAAUGGUCCUUCUUGCUUCAGAUGAGCAUGAUCUUUUACUCGAUCAGCUUAAUUCGCCUAAUCUUGACUACAUUGAGAGCAAAGCCAGCUCUCUUAAUCAUCGUGUUGUGCCAGAGGAGUCAUUUAAGGAGCUUUCAGAACUGUUGGAUGCUAAGCUUCAGAAAGCUGGAUUGGUCAGCUUGACAGAAAAGGAACACGCUUCCUUGAUCAACCCAUCAUUAGAACAUGUCAAGUCCUUGCUGAGUCUUGAGGGACAUGUGGUUGUGCCUAGUGCCGAGUAUGAUUCGCUUAAUCGUUCGCUCGAUGCAAUGAUUGAAGAAGCUGGUCUCGUGGGAGUCCCACAAGCAGAGUACAGAGAAUUAGUUGAGACUAGCAAAAAUCCGUCGCUCGAGAGAAUCACUGAGACUGCCUCCCAGUUAGACCAUCAUGUUAUUCCAGCAUCCGAGUAUAAAGAACUUUCCAAGGAGUUGGCCGAGCGUGCAUCUGAAGCAGGGAUGAUGUUGGUAGAAAGAGAAGAAUACCAAGCAAUGAAGGAGCAAGUGCAAUCACCUUCAUCCGACUUUUUAGGAAGGGCUGCUCUUUCUUUGGGUAUGGUGACAAUGACAAAAGAGAAAUUUGAGGCUGUCAAUUCUAGGGCAAACCAGCCUUUAGCCGAGAGAGCAAAAGAAGAUAAUUUCACACUUCUCUCUCAACAGGACUUUGAUGAAUUGCUGAAGUAUAAGGAGGACUACACCAGUCUUUCCACGACGCAUAAAGAGCUUCAGGAGAAGUACGACAGACCAUCUCUUGAUCACUUAAACCACUGCGCCUCAGCUAAUGAGCUUGUGUUACUAGAGAAGUCCGAAUACGAAACGUUGAAGUCACUGCACGAAACUCCAAUUGCCGACAAGGCUGCAGCACUUGCCAUGGUUGCUGUACUGACCAGUGAGUUUACUAAGCUCAAGAAUGAUGCCGAGGAGCCAUUAGAAGAUCGUGCUUCAAGAAAAGGCUUGAGUCUAAUUAAACCUAGUGAAUUGAAUCAAUUACGCGAGAGAAGUGAAAAGCCUUCUUUUGAUAAGGCAAGAGCUGCAGUCGAGUCUAAUGGUAUGACGGUCCUUUCGCAGAAGGAAUUUGACAACUUGAAUGAGACGCCUAACAUUGAACGCCUCGCACAGGAUGCUGGAAUGGUAUUGAUGGCGAAGGAGCAGCACGAAGAGAUGGUAAAGCAAAUUGAGCAGCCAUCUGAAGAAUACAUUUCGACAAAAGCUCAUGCAUUAGGUCUUCAAUGCAUCAAUGAAACCGAAUUUGAAAGCUUGAAAAAGGAAGCCUCGCUCUCAGUGCUGGAUAAAGCGGCAUUAGCAGGCUUAUCGGUCUUAGGGGCCGAAGAACUCAUUUCAUUACAGAAGAGACCGGUUAUUCUGAAUGUGGACGACCUCCGUGAAAUCGCCAAAGAAUAUGAUAGCAAUGUCUUGUCCAAUAGCUCUUUUGAGGACUUGCAGAGUAAGGCCAAUCGUACCAUUGAGGAACAAAUUGAAGGAACAGAUAAAAUGGUUCUCGGAUCUCAAGAGUAUAAUGCCUUGCUUCUACAAGCAACGAAGCCUUCUUUCGAUCAAUUGAAGACCAACGCCCAAAAGAAAGGACUCGCCAUACUUCCAAAUGAUGAGUUCGAAGAGUUGGUAAAGCUGAACGAAGAAACUCUCGAGGAGAAGGCUGGCAAGGAAAAGCUUGUUUUGAUCACCGAAGAGCGUUUGAACAAUUUAGAAAAAGCCUUGGAAAACCCAGAAAAGGAAACUCUUAUUUCGAAAUGCGAAGCCUUAGGUCUUUCGGCGAUUCUGACAUCUGUUUUACGCGAUCUAGAGGGUAAGGCAGCGAUCGGUUUGGAUGAGAAAGCUAGACAGGAAGGUAAGAUUGUCUUACUGGAAAGUGAAUUUGACUCUUUGAAGACGUCAGCUGAACGCGUUCCUUCGAAGAAUGAGGCAGUCGAUCUUUUGACGCAAGAUGGCUAUAAGGUUUUGUCGGUUGAGGAACUAGACGGUAUCACUUCGAGAGCUGCUAGUGCCCAAGAGCAGGAGGUUCCAGGUACCGAAGAGAUGAUAAAGAUAUUGGAGGGUAAAGGAUAUUCUGUCGGUAAGACAGAAGACGAGUUUAGGGAUGCUAAUGAUUCGUUCGCUUUGGAUGCUUCAGAGCUCAACCGCAGUGCCCAAAACUUGGAUAAGGUCGUCAUUGAUAGAGGCGACUAUGAUCGGAUGAUUGAAGAUUCUAACAAGUUGAAGGAUAGAAAUUUCCUCGCCCAGGCUGGUGCUGCUCUUGGCUUGUCAAUGUUAGGCUCUGGCGAGCUUUUGAAACUUAAACAGUCGGUGGCAGAGAAAGAUUCUAAAAUCCACGAGUUGUCUAAACAAGUGGAUACUGAAUGGUCGAAGGACGAUUUAUUGAGAGAACUGAAUAACCAUGGUAUGACUUUAUUAUCACAGGAAGAUUACAAGGCCUUGAAGGAUAGGGUGGCUAGUCUCGAGGCGAAUCAAUCGAACGUUUUGACUGAGGAAGAGAUAUCCAAGAGAGCUGGAGACUUGGGUCUUUCUGUUGUAUCUACCGCCGAAUUGCAUAAGAUGAAGCGGUUGCUGAUGGUAGAGACCGACGCAAGCCAGCUAAGACUGGCGGCUAAGAAGUUUGGCUUGGUAUGCGUACCACAAUCUGCGGUUGUAUCAGAGUCGUCUGCUAAAGAUUUGGACAAUGAACAACUCACUGUUCUUCCUACGUCGCUGUACAACGUUCUUCUCGAUAAUAAUGUCGAAGCGAUGCCGCAGGAGAAGUUUAGGUCUUACGCUGAAAAGAUGGGCUUCAAGCAUGAAUCCUUGUUGCAUGCUCUGCCUAACGAAGACAUUGAAGAGGUGAUUCAAUCAUCACCUUCAACAAGGCGUGGUAUGAGCAACCUCCCUCAAUCAAGAUCCGUGGGCUCCAAUUUGACGAUCCACUCGAAGGCCAGCAUGCUUGAUUCGAUCACUGGUAUGUCCGUGGCAAGUAACAUCUCGCUUACUGACAAGUCCAUGAUCCCCGUUAUUACCCAAGUUCUUAUUGGAGAAUACUUGUUCAAGUACUAUAGGAAGCUUGGACCGCUUAGUUCAAUUUCGUCUACUAGGCAUGAGAGAUACUUCUGGGUGCAUCCAUAUUCCUUGACACUUUACUGGUCGACGUCGAAUCCAGUGUUGAAGAAUCCAAAUGCAACCAAGAGCAAAGCCAUUGCAAUCUUGGGCGUGGAAAGUGUCGAAGAUAAUAAUCCAAUUCCUGUUGGACUUUACCAUAAGAGUAUUAUUGUUCACUCGCAAACGAAAUCUGUGAAGUUUACUUGUUCGAACAGGAGAAGACACAACAUUUGGUAUAACUCGCUCCGUUAUUUGGUGCACAGGAAUAUCAACGAAUUGGAUUUUGGUGGCCGCCAUACGCAAAGAAACGAAGCACCGGAGGCCGACCAAAGCGAGGACGAAGAUGAUGGGCUUGGAGAGAUGACAUUCGAUGCAUCUAACAGACAAGCGUUGCCUAGAUCGUCAACAAUUCUGCGGAGCUCUUCAUUUGGCAGAUUCAUGAGUUUGAAGAGAUAA